UGUGUGUGUGUGUGUGUGUGUGUGUGUGUGUUCAGCCACAGACCGCUCAGCUCCGCUCAUUUAACGGAUAGAUCGGUUUAACCAGGCUCUCGCUCACUGUUAAUUAGCCCGUAUCUCUUUAGUCCGGCUCAGCUCGCUUGGCCAGCAUGUCGUCCAGUCCGCAGGAGCAGAACGAAGAGAGGAAGGAGGAGGAUAGAGAGGAGAAAAAUGAGAUGAAGGAGAUGAUAGAGAAGGAGGAGAAGGAGGAGAAGGAGGAGAAUAAGGAGGAGAUGAAGCAGAUGAAGGAGAAGGAAUCUUGUCAGGAUUUAAUUUACAAUCCGAGGACCGGAGAGUUCCUCGGUCGGACCGCCAGCAGCUGGGGUCUCAUCCUUCUCUUCUACCUCGUCUUUUAUGGGUUUUUGGCGGGAAUGUUUUCUCUCACCAUGUGGGUGAUGUUACAGACUCUUGACGAAAAUGUCCCUCGAUAUCAGGAUCGCGUGGCCAAUCCAGGUCUGGUUAUUCGUCCUCAUGCAGCUGAAAUCUCGUUCAACCGCAGCGACCAGACAAACUACAACCAGUAUGUCCAACAACUACACAAGCUCCUGCAGGAUUAUAACGACAGCCUUCAAGAGCGUAAUGACUUGUGUCUGGUGGAUGAAUACACUGAACAGGACGACAAACCAUUAAAGAAAGUUUGUCAGUUUAAACGUAGCACGCUGCGUCAGUGCUCUGGUCUGACCGACAACAGCUUCGGAUUCGCUGAGGGGAAACCCUGCAUCAUCAUCAAGAUGAACCGGGUUGUUGGACUGAAGCCACAAGGAGAUCCCUUCAUCAACUGUACUGCAAAGAGAGACAAUCCUUUACAGAUGCAGUACUUCCCAUCUGAGGGCCGGUUGGAUAAAAUGUUUUUCCCAUACUAUGGCAAGAAAGCACAUUCGGACUAUGUGCAGCCUCUUGUCGCAGUCAAGUUGUUGUUGACCAAAGACGACUAUGACGUGGAGCAGAUGGUGGAGUGUCGAGUCGAGGGGUCACACCUGCGUAACGAUGAUGAUCGGGACAAGUUUCAGGGUCGCGUCUCCUUCCGGGUCAAAGUUUCAAAGUAAACAGGCCAGUUACCAAGGAUACCACAAUGGAUAAAAAUACUCUUUACAAUCCAGACCUGAUUUAUUCCUGUACUGUUCCGGGUUCCAGGUCCAGACCUGGAACACUGAGACCCAGAUCCUUUCGUAUCUAAACCUGGUUCAGUCCUGAUCCUGGUUAGGGUUAAUCACAUCAAACAUUCGUUGACAUAACCCACAUGUCAACGACUGUUUGAUCUGAUUUAAUAAAUCAAUGAUGUGAUCCAAGCACAAAAAAUGUUCACUGUUACAUCACAGGGAAACGUACAAAUAAACAUGACUACUGACUGACUACUGACUGACUACUUACCGUCUGUAUGUAAACACAAAAUGUCAUGUGCACAAAGUUUUAACUGAAAAUAAAGUCAAAUCUUCUUCAG